AUGCAGGGCACUACCACCACCACUGCCACCAGCGGCAGCUCCAACAUCGUUUGCUCCUCGCUGUGGCCUCAGCGGACGGUGGCACCUCCCAUUGCCCUCUUUGCCAACCCGCCUGCUUCUCUGCCUUUUAUCCACAAGUAUGGUUCUUCAGGCGCCAGCGAUGUGGGAGUCAGCCUCCUGCUGCGCUGCGCAUGA